CGUGUGACGACAAACAUGCGCGCCUCAGGAAAGCAGAUUGUAUUCGCCUUUGAGUAGUGUUCAUGUUGAAUUCUAGUCUGAUCAUACGCACGUUUAUGUUGUUACCCUCUGUGGAGACUUGUAGCUAGAAAACAGUAGGCGAGUUUCCCGCACGCAACCCGCAGACGACGCGAUCAUGGCUUAUGCGCAGAUCGUGAAAGCUUUGCGGCAGACGGCGACACGGUUCCGUGGGCAGACGUGCAGACUGGCACAGGUCAGCUUCGUCCACACACACGGGGCAGUGUCCACCGCAUCGAGGCUCACCUUCCUCGGGAGAGCGGACGCACCGGUGUCGGCGCUAAGCUGCUUCGUUCAGGCGCAGCCUCUGCGGACGCUUUCGCUCCAGUGUGCAAACAGGAAUAAAAGCAGCCCCGAGCAGAGCGACAGGUCGGUGUCCAGGUAUCAGAGAGGCAGCCCGAAGCCUUCAGCUGCACAGAAGGUUAAGGAUGCUGGAAGAGACUUCACCUACUUGAUAGUUGUUCUCAUCGGGCUCGGAGUGACAGGCGGUCUGUUAUAUGUAGUCUUCCAGGAACUAUUUUCAUCCUCAAGUCCAAAUAAAGUCUAUGGGAAAGCCUUCAACAUUGUCAAAUCACACCCAGAGGUAAUUGGUGCAUUUGGCGAGCCAAUCAAAUGCUAUGGGGAGACUACGCGACGGGGAAGAAGACAACAGGUCAGCCAUUUGGAGUAUUUGAAGGACGGGCUGAAGCACAUGAGGCUUAAGUUUUACAUUGAAGGUUCUGAGCCAGGCCUCAAAGGAACUGUACAUUCGGAGUCAAAGGAGGAUCCUGAAACUGGAAAAUAUGUGUUUCGCUACAUAUUUGUGGACAUAGACACCUACCCAAGACGGACAAUCAUUGUGGAAGAUAAUCGAUAACAAACACAACGGACUCAACCAAGAAACAAGUGUGUGUUAUUGGACAAACAAUUGAUUUAAUUGAAUUGAAUAUUAAAACAGUAUCUUUGUUUUUUGCUUUUUUUUUUAAUUCAGACUUUGUUAUGAGAGGGGCUGCUGUGCAUUGCUGAGGAGUUAUUCAAAGAACACUCACUUUUCCAAAUAUAAAUUAUGAAUUUUGAUGUUGUGCUGUGUUUGGAUGAUUGAUUGCUACAGAAUGAGCUUAAUUUAUGAAUGGGCUGUAGAAAGAGGUUUUUUACGUUGUAAUAAAAUAUAAUUUUGACACGUUGGAAAAAGUCUGAUUUUCAGACCUAAUAAACAUCAGCUGUGACUAGUUAAGUUUUAACCUUAGGAAAACUGGUUUAUCCUUACGAUUUCUUUACUACGUUAAAUCUUUAAAUAGUCCCUUGAUAAAAUAUGAUUCCAUCUUUAUGCAUUGCUAAAUUAAUUUUGUUGCAUUUUGCGCUUGGCUGCACUGUAAAGUAGUGGCCACUAGGUGGAAGCAAAUAACACUGAAUAAAUAAUUUGCUUUUUAGUGAGAUUUUCUUUCCUCUUAUGAAUUUUAAUUUCUAAAUGUGUUCAAUGUUUAUGUUCAUGUCUAAAAUAUACAAAAUAUAGGGUUUUGAUAGUUAGUUUGUUUAACUUAUUUUAUUGACCUUUCGACAUAAGCCGUGGUGGAGUAAAUAUGUAGUUGUCCCCUUCACUUUCUCCUCAAUAUUCAAAUCGAAAGCGAUUAAGUGUCCGUGAACGCGCACCAGUCAUUUCGUCCAGCUGUCAAACGUAGCCGACGAUGUAGGCGGGAGAUUUACGGGAAACCGUGAAGGCAACGUUUCUGUGAACUCCGCCCACUCUGAAAGCGAAGGCAGCGUUGAGCACAGGGAUGUGCUAAACAUUUCCCCGCUAGCUUGAGCUCUGUAGGACUACGGCUACAUAUUUCCUCUAUGUACGGUCAACAGGCGGCUUCCAGGGUAACUAUCCAGCGAGCUCGCGUGCCAUGUUAAUAAAACUGGCCCAUUUAAGCAGCUUCGUUGGCGCCGCGGCGGCGUAGAGCGGCGUCCUCCGCUGUUGUUGUGGCCUGCUACAUGCUAGCCUAGCUAGCGUAGCCGUAGCCUCAGCGGGUUCCUGGAGCUGCUCGCAUCACGCCUGACAGUCGGGACGGGGAAAUGACACACCUUGUCAGCUAACUGCGAAGUUAUCGUUGGAAAGUAAGUAACGUCGCAUCUUUUUAAAGCGCUAGUUUUGACCGGAGUGAGCGCUAACGCGGCCAAGUCAACAGAGGAGCUUCGUUUACAUCUGUGAACUUCAGAGGUGUCUAACUUCCUCCUCUAGGUAUGAGAGCACCUCCUCUGUGACUGACUAAUCACCCGCAAAAUGGAGCUGUAUUGGUAUAUAGUUGUCAUCAUAUUUAUCAUCAUCAAGAUAUUUUUCUAUGUGUGCUGGUAUCGGUCAAGACAGAGGCAACUGGCCGCGUACCUGAGCAACCCUCGCAACGCGCAGAUCGUCAUUGUUGGAGGAAGGGCCUACCUCCAUCAGAUGUGUGAGAGGCAGAGUCAACCAUCUCUCUGGCAAAGUUGGUACGGUGUCCAGGAUGACGUGUCGAUAGAGGAGCCCUCCACGGCUUUGCCGCCGACUUCAUCCUUCUCCCACUUGGACGUGCCACCGCCAUAUGAGGCCGUCUCUGGAGAAGAUGAUCCGAAGCCCCCUCCCUACAGCGAGUGUGCUCACAGUGACGACACAGAUGCCCCUCGUCCCUCCCGCCACACGCUUCUCAUUUCAUCAGGUGGAGACUCCACCAUUGUGAAUGAACCCCCGCCCCCUUACUCACCAUCUGCCCCCACACAAGUUGGUCAACAGGACUGUCCCGUGAGCCACAGCGAGCCCCAGUCUGAGAGCAGGUCCAAUUAAUCAGUUCCUGAUGCCAGUUUGCCUUUUCCAUGCACUGCCUUCCUACAUUCAACCUCAGUGAUUGUUGCCAGCCGAACUCUCGUCACAUGAGAGCAGUUUAUUUGGGUGCGUGCGUGUGUGGGCGCGUGUGUGUGCGUGGUGGUUUUUAGAACCCAAGUUGUUUUUCUUCUUUGUAUUAUUAAAAAAAGUGGUCAUCUGAUGAGUUUGGCAAUAACAGAUGACAUCAGCGAAGCCUGUGUGCCUCAGUCAGGACAUUAGAACCUGCCUCCUAGCUAUGAUGAGGAUAAUCCCCCCCACAACCUCUAAGCUCAGAGGGAACCAGUGAGCUACACGUUCUGUGUGUUCAGUUCACAAAGUGGUUUUUCCGCCAUACGGUAUGUCCGAGGCUGCUUCCUUUCAUAGAUCACAACAUCUGACUCACUGAAAGCAUGAAUGGGGAAAUAAGUAGAUGCCUGACAGCUCAGUUCCUGCCACUAUGAAACACAGUAUGUGGGACAAUUAUUUGCCUUUGUGUGUAUGUGUAUAGGUAGUUAUGAAUACUGAGUAACUGUGAUAGAAAUCCAUUAGACCCCAGGGCACCUUGCUACAUUCAUUUACAUAUUAAACAAAUAGUUUCUACUUCUUCGUGUUAUUAAGCUCAAUGCUUCAUUAAUAGUGUGCGUGUAUUCUGUGAAGACAGAGUAUGUUAAAUUGAUAAUGAGUGAAUAAUUGUCAGAAAUAAACUCAUUACAGUGAUUAUACAUCACAGUGAUUAUAGUGAGACAUUAGGCAGCUCAAGUGCCUAUAACGUCUAUGAAUGGAAGUGAGCAAGGACGAACGGGAAAGGAAAACAAGUCGGUGAAUCGAGUUAGCGCUUCAUGGCAGUAAACAAGAGAGAGCUCUCUGUUGAUUAUCACCCUUUCGUCCUCACAGCUCGGUUCCGUCGCGUUCUGCUCGCACGUUCGCACCUGAACACCUGGAUGCAGCAACGCCAUAAACACGAACUGAAAAUGGAGUGCAACACAUGAUCUUGUGGAAUUUUCGCCACCCCAUGAUGUUUCUUAACCCUUGGAUUCUGUCUGUGUAACCUCCAUGUUAAUCUCCCUCAGGCUGGUCGAGGUCGGCCGACUGCGUGUAGUUCUUCCCUCUCAAUAUUGCUUUGGACAAUGUCAUUUGUUGUGCUAUUUGCAUUGUCUGUCACCGCAUUUCAGUUAAUCAAAACAUUACACAGUCAGAUUAUCAGACAAUGCACCUCCCAGGUUUGUUUUAAGAAAAGUAUAAGCAGUGUACAGCUUCUUGGGGAUGAGAUGAAACUGUAAUAUGAACAAUGAUACAAUGAAAAUCAUUUGUGUUGUGACGGCAAAUCAAUGAUCAUCCACCACUGAUGCCUUCUGCAGGAUCUUCCUGUGGCUUUACAGUCUGAAGGAUGGAGUCAAUGGAGUCAGAGCAGCAGCGCGGUUGAGUAGCUAGACAGCAGUGUUACGGGCAUCUGAGUCAUGUGUUUCACCUCUCAUUCCCACGGUGGGUGACCUAUCUAUCUCUCUAGUCAGGGGGCAUUUAACUUUUUUGUCUGAUUUUGAUGAAUGCACCUUCUGUAUUAAACUCUUGUUCAUAA